UACAGACGCAACCUACCUAUCCGAGGCUUCAGGCCAGCGACCUAUCUCCUCAUAGUCGCUGGGGUUAUGGGUUACGGGUGGUACAGAGUCGGACAGGGCAUUAGGGAGCUAAACGAGCUAGCGCGUGAGAAGAUGUGGUCGCGCAUCCACCUCAUCCCAUUGUUACAAGCAGAAGAAGAUCGGGACCAAGUGAGAAGGUACUACGCAGCUCAGGCAAUGGAGAAGGAGCUGUUGGGCGGAGAGAGCAGAGUAUAUCACAGUGACAGAUUUGUGAGGCCCACAUACGCUGUGACACCGUCAACAGUUACGAAGUAGAUCCGGAGCGGAUUUCGCAUGAUAUCUACAUUGUACACAUGGAGCGUAUCGAUCGUGCCAGUUACUCAACGCUAACAACAUACAUUCGCAAGCGCAUGCAACAAAGGUCAGUGUCCAAUCUGCAAGUCAGGGGCCUUCGUGCUGGAUCCCACAUACCACAUAAGGGGUAAACAUGAGCUCACGCGUAAUGACAAGCGUCUCGUCUUUGGGCUUGCCUAUGGGGCGAUUUUGUCUUGUGAUACGCUCCCGGUUGCUGGCCAAUGCGUCUAGUAACGACAUCUGAUAAACCAGUGUCAGGCCUCUUGAUCCAAAUCGUUGCCUGGGACUUCACGGUGCCCUGUGGUCAGCGUAGCAACUGCUCGUUCAGCUUUUGCAAGUCUGUUAGGUACUUUGGCGAACUGUGAAGUGCGGUUGCAGCUGGGUGAUCAUACAAG